AUGACGACGUAUGCAAAGCUCAUGGAUGACCCGAUAGGAAUUACGACGAGAAAGAAAAACCCGAAAAUUAGAAUAGGAACAUGGAAUGUUCGAGGAACAUAUAGCGAAGGAAAACUUAAACAAAUAGUUCAAGAAUUACAAAGGUAUAAUAUAGAUGUAGCAGCUAUACAAGAGACGAAACAAAAAGGCAAAUUCAUCACUGAAAUAGACAACUACAUAUUAUUUAAUAGCGGAAUUGACAACAGAGAACUAGGAACAGGAUUCAUGGUGAAGAAGAGCCUGAAAGGAGCAGUAAUUACCUUCAAACCAAUCUCAGAAAGAAUGAACUAUAUAAGAUUGAGAAGUAAGUACAGGAAAAUAAGCCUAUUGAAUAUACAUGCACCGACUGAAGAGAAAGAUCUAGAAGUAAAAACAGAAUAUUACGAAGAACUAGAAAGAGAAUAUGUGAAAAUACCAAAGCAUGACAUUAAAAUGGUUAUAGGAGACGCCAACGCAAUGAUAGGUAAAGAGAAUUGCUACAGGCCAACAAUCGGGAAAGAAAGCAAACACCAAAAAACGAAUCAAAAUGGAGAAAAACUGAUAGAGUUUGCAGAAGAAAAUAAAAUGGAAGUCAAAAGCACCUUUUUUGCGCAGAAAGAGAUCUACAAAGGCACAUGGAUGUCGCCUGACGGAAAAACGGUCAACCAAAUAGACCACAUACUGGUAGAAAGGAGAGAUGUCCAACUAAUAACUAGAUUAAGAAGCUACAGGGGAGCAGAAGCGAAUUGA